AUGAUCAAUUCACGCAAUCCUAUCUCACAGGGUUCCCGCGUUAACCAUGUCGUCUAUACCCCUCUCACCGCAUGCAGCGAAGUGAGCCACGGCGAUGCGAACAGUAGCAGUCUUGGCUUGAGUAACUCAGUCUCUAGAUUCAUUGAACCAGAGCCCAACAGCGGUGAUAACGAUGUAGGGCCCCUGAGAUUCGAAAACUGCUCGGCACACACACCGGGAACUAUACAAACCGGUCUACUUGACGGGAGUCACAUUGGAAGCGGCUGCUUCAGCAGUGGAACUAGCCUGGUAGGAGGAUGCGGGGAGGAUUUAAUACACAACACCACAGCAUCCAACAGUCGAAACUUCAGAACCAACAAAUUUGGUGGCUCCAAGCGGUCAAAGGACCAAAAAACCGCAAGGAUAAGAACGGUACUCAACGAGAAGCAACUACAUGCACUGCGCACAUGCUACGCAGCAAACCCCAGGCCCGAUGCUUUGAUGAAGGAACAGCUAGUUGAGAUGACCAGUCUCAGCGCCAGAGUGAUUCGCGUGUGGUUCCAAAACAAACGAUGCAAAGAUAAGAAACGUCAAAUUUUGCUCAAACAGAUUGAACAGCACCAGCAAAAUGGAGGUUGUCCUACGGCAUUUCACGGGAUAUUCACGGUCGCUGGAGGUGCAGUUUGUAACGACUGCAGUAUGAUGGGCUCAACGUCUGGCAUCGACAUUCAUCAGCUUCCCGGUCCAUUUCGUAUGCAUCCAACCGUAAACGACCUCAGUCAGAGGGCUGUAUCACCUUGCUCCGCGUUGAGCUCAGGGAAACCCUGCAACCCUCUGCUAGACUGCAAGCUGACUAAAAAUGCAUCACGUGCCAUAUACUCGCUAACUGAACCAACAGAUGACGCAUCGACGUCAUAUGUGCUUAGAAUGGCGAGUAAUUUCAUCACACCAUUCAACAUCCCCGACAAAAACGCGACACCUAGCUGUCCAUUAACCAUACUUCUUCCUGGGUCAGCAUCAUCCAACAUGAACGCUGAGAGCUCGCGAUUCAGUUUGGUUGGAAAACAAUCGGAAAUGUCAAAGUUUUCUGGCUCGUUUACGGACGGUGCUUCGGCAUUCCAACAACUGGUCCCCUGCUUUGAUGCAACUGAGGGUGUGCUCACAUCUACUCCGGAUCAAAGUAUUGCACAGGCUUCUAAGCGACUGGCUAACAGACAGCUCUCCAGCGGAUUCCAUGGUGUCUUGUAUGCGGCUGGAGUUAGUACACAAAUGCCACCAAAUAUUUUCAUCCCCCACGCUUAG